GGACAACGGAAGUGGCACUUUUUCUGCCGACAUUGUUAGUGACAGGGACCUGUUUUUGGACUCGAUAGAUAGCCCGUGUGCGAUAGAACACGAUACCGAGAGACCCAGAGGCUGAGCCCGAGCCAGUGCACGAGAAAUUGAGUGUUUGCAGACCGCUAGCAAGAUAUAAUUGACCGGAAUAGUAGAAAGUCGGUGGAGCGAGAAGGUCGAAAUAGAAGAGACCACGAGACCACCAGAGCUAGACCACCAGCGCGAGAGUUAUCAGCACGAGAGCACCAGAGCUAGAGCACCAGAGCUAGAGCACCAGAGCUAGAGCCCCUUCCACGACUGCGGAACACUACCCACCAGGACCCGCAAGAUCAUUGGUGAGCGCGCGCACAAUCACACAGACAGUCAGAUAGACAGUCAUAUAACCGUAUAAUUACACACAACAAUGGAGGACUUAGGAACCGCUCCGUGUUACCCGUGCCAGAUCAAUGGCGUGGAGUGCACGCGGGAACAGCCCGCGUGCUUGAAUUGUCUAGAGUGCGGACUCCCCUGUGAUUACUACAGCGUGGGGAACGUGUUGAGCAACUAUGUUCAUUACAACCGCGAGACGUUGACGGACGACCACUACCAUGGGGAGCAUCCCAGCAAGAGGCGAGCUAACACGUCUGGCGGAGCAGGAGCAGGAGUAGCAGGAGGAACAGGAGGAGCCGUCGGGGCUAGUCGAAGAGGCGAGAGGGUCCGACGAGGAGAGAGAAGUCAGGGGGCAGUGAGUAGGAGGCAAGUUGGCGAGAAUAGUGCGAACAAAGGACAACUGCGAGGCCCGGGCGGCGAGCUUCAGGGCGCGGGUUCGAACCACGGCCCCGUUCUUGGGCCAGGACCUGGUCCAGGACCUGGUCAUGGACUCGACAUGAGUCUGACACUGUUACUGCUGCAUCUGCUGACGGGGUCAUUUUAUCCGUAUGGUACUGAUGUGGGUUCAUUCUACGGACCGCGGCUCGAUCUGAAGAUAUUUACGCCCGGCGGAGGGCCCCCCGGUCCAGAGAACCGGAAUGGGCUUUACCCACAAGGAUAUAGAGAGAGCUCUAUACAAGAGAAAGGAGGGGAUGGGUUACCUUAUACUGGUCAGGAUGGACAACCGCCCGUGUUUGGCCAAGGUAAGGGCCGAGAGGACGCUGUCCAUUCCCACGCGACGUAUACGGACCAGGCUGGCUACACAAACUACAACAACCAGGCGGGCUACACACAUCCUGGCUACACCAUACAGAACUACACCCUGGAGUCUACUGAGAACCUCGGCCAAUUCCAAGGGGUGGAUCUGCAUCAAUAUGGGGAUUUCGGAGAUGUAGGAACUUCUGGCCAAGCUCCAGGAAACCAACAGUGGCUAGCCUUAGGAGGUCAUAAUUGGGGACCUCCUAACUGGGGAGCUCCUACUUGGGGGCCCCAGCCUUCGACUUUGCCCAGCCUGGGAACGACCAAUUUGGAUGCUCAGACAUCAGGCCAAAGUUCAGCCCAGACUGAAGGACUUGGCUUACCCAACGCAAUCCCGCUCAAGAAAACCUUCUCCCGUCUCCCCCCUUCAACCAAACAGGCAGCCCAAGCGGGUGCGGCAGCCAAACUCCACUCAAUGCAUAACAUGGAGUUCCAUAUCGUGCUCUCGAUCGAUUUCGUAGCCUGGAAUCUCGAGCUGCAUCUCAUCUGGCACGCCACCUUAGCGCUAGCUGCCCACGCCCUCCGGGCCAAUGGUUGCAAGUACUUUGGGCUCAUCCAUGACCUUGCCGAGAUCAGAGCGCUUCGUCAUGUGCUCCACAAGAAGGCCAUCAACUACUACGACCGGGCAAUUUCGCUCCUUCGUGACAUUAUCUCCACCAACGACUUCAACAUCUCGCUCAUCCUUGUAGCCUCGUCGUUGCUCAACAAGGCGGCCACAUACGACAGUGUGCGCAGCGAUGUACCCGUGACGUUCUCCAAGGGAAUGCUUUCGGUGAUCAACGACUUGUACCGGAAGAACGACGUGCUCAAGCUCAGCGAGGAUCUCGCGUGGAGCCUUGACUUUUUGGAGUAUGCCAGCAACUUCAUCUACAUCCCAACGUAUGAUCCGACCUUUUUGGUUGAGGUUCGCGAGAAGCUGGACGAGUUUGGCGAGAUCAUGAAGAGUUACUUUGAGAUCUAUCCAGAGGACAAGAAACGUAUGAUGUUGACGUAUUGUUAUCGUCUGUUCCAGGAGUAUUUCGACUUUGUCAUGGGGGUCAUUGAGGACUACAAACCCAAGGGAUCAACAGGGUCCUCUGACCAACCGGAGAAUGAACCUACCAGCGCAUCUGUUGAUGAAGCUUCGUCCAACCUCAGCAAGAACAUCCCGCCACAGAUCCUCUACCAACUCAUGAGAAGAUGGUUCAUUAUCAUACCACCCUUUGCCCAGGUGCCUGCCUCCAUCAAACACCCCAUUGAGAAGAACUUGGCCUACAUGUACCUCUCGAUGAACAUGGUGCUCAUGGCCCUCUUCCCCUCGGUCAUGUACAUGUUCAUGCUCUCCUUCGUCGGAGGCGUGCCCUUCUACAUCGAGAAUCCGGUCCAUCUGUUGGACUACGACGGACUGGAACAACGUCUAGACGCCAAGUUGCGCCACCGCAUGCUCAAGAUCCAUGUCCAUAGCAUCCGAUUCGGGGCCUUUUUCCGCCAGCGUUUCAACACCUUGGGCAUGUUUUUCGGCGACAACCAACGUAGAGAACCCCUGGUACACCCUGAGGUGGUCCGUACCAUGAUCAACGAGGUGCCCAUCCAUCGGUUUGACCUGUCGGUACUUCAGUUGAUGAACUUCAACCACAUCCCGGGAAGUAUCUCUCUUCGCUGCGACGCAGCCAUCAAGCGGAACAAGAUCACCGCGGCGUCGGUGUUCCACUACAAUCUCAGCCAUUUCGAAUACUUCCAGAGCAAUCCAGAGUACAACACGUCGACGGCCGACCAGGACAACAAGGUUGUGCUUUCCUCCUCGACUGUACAGGACCCUAUUCUCCAGUUCCAUCUCCGGAAUACCAACAACUUUGAGCCGGCGCUGAUGAGCCAGAACAAGCGUGAGUUGCGCCGUGCCAUGUUGAAACAUGAGGCUCCAGACUACCUGAUCUGGUUCGAGUGGGAAAUUGCCCAGGAGACCAUGAAGAAGUUGGAGGAUGCGUACACGUCCUUCUUCCAGAACUACCGCGAUCUCCCAGAACCUUCUUCACUUACGGACCUCAACGUUGAGAGUGGAUUCUUCAAUAUGGACUAUAAUCCGAUUGUGUUGGUGAGGUCGAUCGACCCACUCACCAUUUUCGAGCGUAGAAGUCGCAAGGACCCGCAAUCGUUGACUUCGAGGGUCCAGGUUCUCUUGACUCACGAGGUUAGAAGACACGCCAUAAACCAGGAGUUCAGUUCCACGACGGAAGAUUCCGCCGAGCACGAAGAAGUGGAAGACGUUGACGAGUUUUACAAUGAUCUUCUGCCCGAGUUGUUUAUCUAGUGGCACGGGAAAGGAUCUCCACAUGAAGCACAUGAAGCGCAUAUACUCCCCUGGCACUCCGUGGGCCGUGAGCCACUAGCAAUGGGGGGUUCCUGUUCCUUGGGCAGCGUUUGCCUGGUCUCUUUGAGAGUGUGUGCCCCGGCUUUAGUGUUACCCGAGCGCACAUUCGAGGCGGUUGUAUCCGCACGGGAAAGAGGCACGAAGUUGAACUGAAGGCGCUUGACGACAGGAUCGCAGGGUAAGUUACGUCCAGAGAAGUUGAAAGGCUCCUCAUACAAACUAAUUAUAUGACUAAGUACCUAAUAUAUGAUGUAGCUACC